UCCGAGCCGCACCAUACCAUACUUUGCCCCACCACUUGUGCCACGCCGCGGCCGCCAUUAUUCCAUCCCACUCUCGCCAGCCCUCCCUCACCCGAUGCCGCCGCCGCCGCGCACCCUCGUCGUCCUCCUCCUCGCCGUCAUCGCCGUCUCGGCCCAUGGCCGCCUGCUCGCCUCCGACGGUCUCCCGGGGCAGGGGAGCGCGUCCGACGCCACCGUGCUCCGCCUCCCGUCGGCGGGGCGGCCGGUCGGGGAGGCGGAGGAGGGCGGGUGCGAGAUGACCUACGGCUUCCUGCCCUGCACGGAGACGGCGGGGGGCAACCUCUUCCUCGCGCUCGCCUACGGCUUCCUCAUGUUCAAGUCCGCCACCUACCUCUCCGCCGGCAGCGAGCUGCUGCUCGAGAUCCUCGGCCCGGGGAUCGUCGGCGGCCUCUUCCUCCCCAUCCUCGGCGCGCUGCCGGACGCCUUGCUAAUCCUCGUUUCCGGCCUCUCUGGCACUAAGGAGGUUGCUCAAAGUCAGGUUUUGAUUGGAAUGGGCCUGCUGGCGGGAUCGACGAUCAUGCUUUUAACCAUACUUUGGGGAUCUUGUGUUAUUGUCGGUAAAUGUGAUCUGUCAGAGGAUUCAACUACAAUCGAUUCCCAGGAUACCAAAGCCUUCAGUCUUUUUGGCUCUGGUGUUUCCACUGAUUUGCAGACUAGCUAUGCAGCAAGAAUCAUGGCGAUAUCUGUUCUCCCCUUUAUCGUUGUUCAGAUACCGCAAAUUCUGAAGCUCAAAUCUGGUCAUCGCUUAACUCUACUGCUUGGGCUUAUAGUUGCAGUGCUACUUCUGCUUACUUAUUGCCUAUACCAGAUCUUUCAGCCAUGGAUCCAGAGGAGAAAAUUAGAAUAUUCAAAACUGAAGCAUGUAAUGUCUGGGCUUCUGAAACAUGCUCAAAUGCAUACUUUUGGUCACCUUAUCGAUGAUGAUGGCACACCAAAUGUUUCUGUCAUAGAGAAGUUAUUUCACAAAAUUGAUCUGGACAAUGAUGGAAGGAUAGGGCGUGGUGAACUACAAGCUUUCAUCGUUGGUGUGAAUUUUGAAGAUAUUGAGUUGGAUAGUAAUCUAGCUGCAGAUCAAGUCAUGGCUGACUUUGAUAGGUCUCGGAAUAGUUCCAUUGAAAAGGGAGAAUUCGUUGAUGGCGUCCUUAGAUGGCUGGAAGAAGCUAAGCGUGUUGUUGCUGGUUCUGGCGCCUACUCAAAAAAGUUUAUGGAUGAUUUUCACAUUACAACAGGGGAAGAACAUAAUGCACUGCUUGACAAGCAUGAAGAAGAUGAUGAAUCUAUUGAAAAUCCAACCUGGACAUGCUUCAAAGCCAUUUCACUUUUGCUUCUCGGAACUGCAAUGGCAGCUGCAUUUGCAGACCCACUCGUUGAUGCUGUGCACAACUUUUCAAGUGCUACCAGUAUACCAUCUUUCUUCAUUUCCUUCAUUGCGAUGCCCUUGGCUACUAAUUCCAGCGAGGCUGUCUCAGCCAUUAUCUUUGCCAGCCGAAAGAAGCAACGCACUUUGUCUCUAACAUUCUCUGAGGUGUAUGGUGGAGUGACCAUGAACAACACGCUCUGCCUGGCUGUGUUCCUGGCUCUCGUCUACAUCAGGGGCUUAACUUGGGACUUCUCAUCGGAGGUGCUCGUCAUCUUCCUCGUGUGCAUCAUCAUGGGCCUCUUCACCAGCUUCGGGACCAAGUUCCCGCUGUGGACGUGCUUCGUCGCAUUCCUUCUGUACCCACUGUCGCUGAUCUUGGUUUACAUCCUCGACUACAAGUUUGGCUGGUCGUAGACCUAAACUGAAUGGCUGAUUAGUUGAUAGGUCUGAUAUACGGCAUGGAUCACUCCUCUUACUGUUUGUAAACCUCAGUCUGGUACGUGUUUCCGGUUGGAUGCAGACUAUGGAUUUGACAUAUUGCGUACUUGGGGCCGUCACUAAUAAGUGAAGAUGAACUCUGUGAUCAUGAUAUCGCGUGUGUUGCUGCAGGAAUUGGUUGCAGUAUAAUUCAUCGAGAUUUGUCAUACGAAACAUGAAUCUAUUGUAUAGUUGUUAAACAUCUGUUGACAAACUAACAUAACUGAAUGAGAAGUCUUUAUCCA